CCAAAGUGCUUGAACCCCGGUAAAUGCUGCUUGCAGCUUUAAUUUUAUUUAUUCUUUGCGUCCUUGUAGUUUGUCUGUGAUGGGUAUCCGUAGUAACACCGGAAGUAGUGCAUCCAUGCUGCAGCAGAGAGCGAAUUUGUAACUCUUUUCUUUUCUAUCUUAUAUAUUGAUAUCUGUUUAAAUUUGUAUUAUCAUAUAGACAUUAUGGCUGGAAGUCGAAUUGAGAAAUUCGGGACUGUGUUUACACGGGUUCGUGAUUUAAUGCGAGCUGGAGUCAUCAAGCAGGAGGAAAAGCCCAUCUGGUUUGAUGUGUAUGCUGCUUUUCCUCCGAAGAGAGAGCCUCUCUACGAGAAACCUGUGAGACCACUGAAGAAACACGCAGAAGAUAAUGUUCCUGAAAUCUUGUACAAGGAGGAUGAAAUACGAGCGAAGUUCUUCGAGGUGUACGGUAGUGGACCCAGAGCUUUUGAGCUCCUUAGGCUCAACUUUGUUUCUACGUGUCAGAGGUUUGUGAUGAAGUACAGUGAAUUAGAAAGCCGAGGGGAUGUCAAACCUGAGCUGCUGUUUGAAGAGACCGCAAAAGCACUGCUCGCAGAGGGAGUUCAUUUAAGAAAGAGAGGAGGACCUGCGCAGGUGGCACCAGAGUCUCGGAACCCUUUGCUGAACAUGAAGUUGACUGACAUGUUGGCAGAGCAGCAAAGAGACACGGAGACGAAUGUUCCAGAGAAACAGCCACAGGCAGAGACAGUGAACCCUGACGGCCAGACAUCAUCAUAAAUAUGGCACUUCUCUGUUAGGACAACAUAAACUGCUCCUGCCUCCAGCACACAAACGUGCCGCUCAAUCAUGCAUUUUUGAUGCGUCAAAUACUGCAACACAGAUCUUGUUUGUUCUGUUGUGGACACUAUGUAAACCCAGAAGAGCAGCAUGUGUCUUUUCCCCUGACGUUGAAGACACGUUUGCACAGUCAAAAUGGUUUUGGCUUGAGAUCUUUAUAGCCAAGCAGUUAUUGGGCUUUAGUGAAAGACUUUAUAAUACAGUUUCAUUUCUGUGAAAGUGUCUAAUGUCUGUGUAAUAAAAUAUGUGGAGUGUUUAAUGAAAGUACUUUGAAGUCCAUUAAAUUAUCUGUGUUGUAAA